CAACAGCAACAACACAAGACAGACGGACAAACAAAAAAGAAAAGACGCGACGAACCGGGCAAGGAAGAGAAGAGAAAGAGCAGAGGCAGAGGCAGACGAAGAGACGGAGGCAGCGGAAUCGACAAGGACCAGGAAGAAGAAGAGCAAGAGGAAGACGCCCCGAGAGAAGUAAUUUGUAGCAUUAGACCCCCAAUCCCAUUUGCCGGCGUCUCUCAACCAGAAUGACCGUUUCCGCCGCAGUGGACCAGUACACGGUGCUAACUGGGGACCGCUCCAAGAUCAAGGACCUCCUGUGCAGCCGUCUGACGGAGUGCGGCUGGCGGGACGAGGUGCGCCUGAUGUGCCGCACCAUUCUGCUGGAGAAGGGUGCCAACAACAGCUUCACCGUGGAGCAGCUCAUCACGGAGGUAACGCCCAAGGCCCGCACCCUCGUCCCAGAUGCCGUCAAGAAGGAGCUCCUCAUGAAGAUCCGCACCAUUCUCACCGAGAACGAGGAGGAGGCCGACGAGCCGGAGGACGAGGCCUGAACUGACCACCCACGAUUUCCACGCAACUACAGUAAUUACUCGAGUUUAUUUGUACGGUUUUAUACAUAAAUCCCGGCCAGGGAAUACCCCGCAGUUCCGCAGAAUCCAUCAAUGACCAAAUCCAUCUACGUUCCAUCAA